AUGUACAAUUACGUGGUAACAGCUCAUAAGCCAAGCUCCGUAAUCUCUGCGACAAGAGGCAGCAUAUCAUCUCCCGAUGAGACAAACCUGGUCCUUAACAAAUUUUCACGUAUAGAAAUCUAUACUCUCGUGCCUGGGGGAUUAAAAUCCUUCAAGGAUGUUCCUGUUUAUGGUAGAAUUGCAGCGAUGCAAGUCUAUAGACCACGGGGUCGUGAUACAGAUCUUCUUUUCGUAGCUACAGAACAGCAACAGUAUUUUGUCAUUUCAUAUGAUGAGAAGCAGCAUCAAUUAAUUACUGAAACAAAAGGAAAUAUGGAACUUCGAGUUGGGCAAGUCUCACAUACAGGAAUGAUGAGUGCAUUAGAUCCGCAUUCCGUUCCUAAUACCUUCCCAAUCCGAAGAGAGUUACGGAAUGCACCAGCUGGAAAUUUAAAAUUUGCUCCCGGUCCUUUAUUCAAGGAAGACCUUGACGAAACCACAGAGUUCUUAAUUGCGGUUCCAAAAGAUGGCUCUUUACGAAUCAUUCGUAAUGGUGUGGGAAUUACUGAACAAGCGGUAAUGGAAAUGCCUGGCAUUACAGGGGUAUGGUCUUUACGUCCAUAUUACGAUUCUCCAUUAGAGGAAGGAGAAGAGUUGCAAGAGGUUGAUGAAUAUGCUGGCUUUGACAUGAGUCAAUCAACUAUUGCAACACGAAAUGUCGUAGGGAAUUUACUUGUACAAGUUACUCAAUAUCAAGUGAGACUCAUCGAUUUAGAAAACCGAAGACUGAUUUCUCAAUGGGACCCUCCGCAUAAUAGUAAGAUCACUGUUGCUGAUAUUAAUCCCAAAAGUUCAUCAAUUGUCGCCGUAGGACUUUGGACAGUGGUUGGCGUGCAAGUAUUAAGAUUACCAUCAUUAGAGAUAAUAGCCGAUCAACCACUUGAAGGUGUUUCCAUGACCCGUUCUGUGCUCUUGUCCACGUUCGAAAACAAUCAUUACCUUUUGGCGGCGUUAGGUGAUGGGCAACUGUUCCAUUUUAUCCUUGAUCCAACAACUGGUCGAUUAUCAGAGAGAAAACAGCUAUCACUUGGAACUCAGCCCGUUAUGCUCACUUCUUUUACUUCUAAUGGAUUGAAUGUUCAUUCCUUGACUUCAAUAAAAUUCGAUAUGAAAGAAGAUUCUCCCGAAUACUAUGUAGUUGGAACUUCAUUUACUAUUCAAGGGGAAACUAAUGCUAGUAAAGGUCGAAUAUUAGUUUUCCAAGUUACAGUUUUCGAAUGGAAAGCUUCUGAAGAUGGAAGUGCAGAAUUAAUACCUCUUUGUUGUAAUAAAGAUUUUUCAUUGGCACUUCGUGUUGUCUCCCGAGGACAUUUCGUUUUAGUUGGCGAUCUUUUUAGAUCUAUUAGUCUGUUAGCAUACAAAGAAUCAGAUAAAGACAACAAAUCUCUCGAAGUGAUCGCUAAAGAUAAUAACCCUCAUUGGAUUUCUUCUGUCGAAGCUUUUGAUGAUGAUGAAUUUAUUGCCAGUGAUACAAAUUAUGAUCUAAUCACAUUUCGAAAAAAUGAUGAUACAGCAGAUGAAGAUGAGAGGAGGAAGUUGGAAACAAAUGGAUUCUUUCACCUGGGCGAUUCAGUUAAUCAAAUACGUCAUGGUUCUUUGGCGAUGAAUGUUUCAGAAACAGAGCCAGUAGGAAUUUCUUCAGAAUUGUUAUACUGUACAUCAUCUGGAGCUAUUGGCGUUAUCGCAUCAAUACCAGAACAAAAGUUUAAAUUUUUGAAAAAAUUAGAAGAAAGCAUAGAUAAAGUUAUCGGCAGUAUUGGUGAUUUAAGAUUUAUCGAUGGCGAUCUUAUUGAAUCUUUCCUUGACAGGUCCCGAAGUGAAAUGGUACAAAUUGCUGAAGAAUGCGAGAUGAAAGUAGAUGAGCUAUUAAAAAUAGUUGAAGA